ACCAUCGCUGCCGGCUGAUAAUACCAAACAAUGCCAAUAUUCUAGCGCCUAUUUUUGCGAGGUUAAAAUAAAUUUUGCAAGCCGGCUGCAAUUGCAAAGUACAGUGCCAGUAGCUGAUUAAAUUAAUUGAAAACAAAAUAAACUUACAAUGUCUGCGUCCAGCUUUAACUUCGCCAGCAUGGCGGCCCAAUCUGGCCGGGAGCAGGGACUUUCAUUCCAAGACAAGGCACUCACCUGGGACACAGCCGCCGAUGUCCAGGAUGUGGUGGAUGCCCUUAACAAACAGACUACGGUGCACUACCUCAAUCUGGACGGGAAUACGCUAGGCGUGGAGGCGGCCAAGGCGAUUGGUGAGGCUCUAAAGCGUCAUCCGGAGUUCCGAAAGGCGCUGUGGAAGAAUCUUUUUACGCGUCGCCUCAAAUCGGAGAUUCCGGAUGCACUGAAGAACCUGGGAGCAGCUCUAAAUGUGGCGGGGGCUAAGCUGACAGUUCUCGACCUUAGCGACAAUGCUUUGGGACCCAAUGGCAUGCGGGGAUUGGAAGAGUUCCUGCGAUCGCCCGCCUGUUAUUCCCUGCAAGAGCUACUACUGUAUAAUUGUGGCCUGGGUCCCGAGGGCGGCAGCAUGCUGUCCAAGGCUCUGAUUGAUCUCCAUGCCAAUGCCAAGAAGGCUGGAUCACCGUUGCAGUUGCGCGUCUUUGUCGGCGGACGUAAUCGCCUAGAGAAUGCCGGCGCCAAGUCCCUAGCCACCGCUUUCAAAACCCUCAAGACCUUUGAGGAGAUUGUCCUGCUGCAGAACUCCAUUUACUUCGACGGCGUCGAGGCCCUGGCGGAAUCUUUUAAGGAGAAUCCGCAUCUAAAGGUAUUGAACAUGAACGAUAACACACUAAGGUCCAAGGGAGCGGAAAAGAUCGCCGAAGUCCUGCCUUUUCUACCCUUGCUGCGGGAAUUCAACUUUGGCGACUGCCUGAUCCGUACAAAUGGCGCGUACCACUUUGGAGAGGUUCUGGAGAACUAUAACGAGCAGCUGGAGGUUGUCGACUUGGGCUUCAAUGAAAUUAACAGCGAUGGUGGUAUGGUCUUGGUGAACGCCAUGCGAAACAAGUCCAAACUGCGCUUCUUCAGCCUCGAUGGCAAUUACUUUGGUCAUGAGGGCGUCGAUCAGAUAAUCAAAGAAAUGGCCAAGCUGCCAAAUGCUGCCGCCCUGCAACCUUUCGAGGAAAUUCUUUCCGAAGAUGAUGAGGCUUCUGGGGAUGAGGAUGAAGCUGAGGAUCAGGAUGAUGAAUAUGAUGACGAAGAGGAGUACGACGAGCAUGAGCAUGCCAACGAUACCACCGAAGAGGCCGACGAGGACGAUGAGGAGUAUGGCACCCUGGCCGAAGAGACUGCCUAUGUCACCACCGAUGCCUACACGACCAAGCUUUUUAACGAAUCAACCAACUCAAAGGCCAGCGAUACUUUUGCGGUCGCCAACAAGACGAUUAGCCAAAAGUGCACGCCCGAGGAGUUCUGCCUGAGCCAGACGCCCUGCUCUCAGCAACAGUUUGACUCUCUGGAUCCGGAAAACAAGCUGCAAGCCCUGCAGUACAUUGUCAAUCAAUUCACGGGCGACAACCAUUUGCUGCUGCUUGUCUUUACUACUUUGAAGUGCGCGCAUUUGUCGCAAUCAUCGAAAGCUGCAUUGGAUCUGGCCGUCUCGCUGUACCAGGCCACCUUUGACUACGCCCUAAAAACAAAGCAGGAGACCCGUGUGCUGAACUACGUCCUGAUGCAGCUUCGCCUACUGCGCUGCGAGGAGGCAUUUAAGUCCGACUACGAUGUCAAGAGCUGCCGAUUCGCACUGCGCGAGGCGCUUAAGCAGCCGAAGUUUGCCAACGACAACAUAAAGAAUUCCUUUAAGACUUUCCUCGAGGCGGUCGAUGUGUAAACCUUGCAGAAGCCGACAUUUUAUCGGCCCUAAGAGAUUAUUUAUAUUUUCUACGUUCCAAUACAUUGCAUCUUUGGUGAAUAAAACAUAUUAUUCAAAUA